AUGACCCUGGAUGACAACGCAAAAUGGCUCCUGUGGGUAGCCAAGCAGUUUGAGAAUAUCGCUGGUGACAAUAAAGAAAUCAGCCUGGAACAAUUCAAAACGGCACUUAAAGUGAAGGAGCUCAAACCUUUCCUUCCUCUCUCACAGUCUUUUUUUGCCGAGCGGUUCUUUGCUUUGUUUGAUUCCGACGCAAGUGGAACCAUCAGCCUGGAUGAGCUCCUGGAAACCUUAAAACUGCUGGUCCAUGGGAAUGAAACCGACAAGCUCCAAUUCCUCUUCCAGGUCUACGAUGUGGAUGGUGGUGGCUCCAUUGAACCCGAUGAAUUUCGCAUGGUCUUAAAAGCCUGCCUGAAAGAGAGCUCAAUCUCUUUGCCUGAAGAGAAGCUGGAUGACCUGACAAGGGCUCUAUUUGAGUCAGCAGAUUCCGAUAAAAGUGGAUCCGUCACCUUUGAGGAGCUGAGAAGGGAACUGCAGAGUUUUCCAGAAAUCAUGGAGAACUUAACAAUAAGUGCUGCAAGUUGGUUAAAGCCGCCCACAGCUCCCCGGAAGAGCCAAACCCCCCAUAUCUUGAGUCCUGUGUAUUGGCACAACAACAAGAACAAGCUCCUUCUGCUGGGUAGCUAUGCCUGUGUGAACAUCAUCCUCUUCAUCUUGGCUGCCCUAAAGCAGGCCGGCUCGGGCAUUUGGAUCGGGGUGGCCAGAGGCUGUGGGCAGUGCCUGAAUUUCAACUGCGCGUUCAUACCGGUCCUCAUGUUACGCCGAUCUCUGACUUGGCUAAGGACCACCUGGGUAGCCAAAGUUUUGCCCCUGGACCUGAACCUCGUCCUGCAUCAGCUGAUGGGCUACAUGGUGGGGGCUCUAACUAUCCUUCACAUGGGAGCUCACAUCAUCAAUUUUGCGAGGCUGUCUCAGGCCCAAGGAGGGUAUCAUCUCUGGGAAUACCUGUUCACCACCCGGCCUGGCAUUGGAUGGAUUCGCGGAACUGCCUCUCUGACGGGCCUCCUCCUGCAGCUCCUCAUCUCCCUGAUGCUGGUGUGUUCCACCACCCUGGUCCGCAGGAGUGGACAUUUUGAGGUCUUCUACUGGACUCACCUGUUCUACAUCCCCGUCUGGGCUUUGCUGAUUGUUCACGGUGCCAAUUUCUGGAAGUGGUUUGUGAUCCCUGGAUCUCUCUUCCUUGGAGAGAAGGCCUUUGCAGCUGCUUUGUCACGUGUCGGUGGCUUGUACAUUGUGGAGGUCAACCUUCUACCCUCCAAGGUGACUCAUUUGGUGAUUCAAAGGUCCCCCUUUUUCCACUACAAGCCUGGUGACUACGUGUACCUGAAUGUUCCGGUCAUCGCCCGGUAUGAGUGGCACCCCUUCACUAUCAGCAGCGCUCCAGAGCAGCCAGAGACCAUCUGGCUGCAUGUUCGAUCACUGGGACAGUGGACUUACCAGUUACAUGAAUACUUCUGGAAUUUUCAGGAGCCUUUUGAUGAUAAUCCUGAAUCAUCUGUGGCCAGAAAGUCAAGGAACAAGAACAGACUCUCAAGAUUUGUGCAGAAGGGUCUCUUUUGUUCCUCUAACUUGGACCUGCCAGUGGCAACUAAUCAGGAUGAGAUGAUCCAAAUGGUAUCAUACACGCCCAUCCAGGAUUCCAGCAUCACCGUAACAGAUGAGCCUGAAGAGGUGAGAACAUUUAAAAGCCUCAUAGUGCGUUUGACUCUACAAAGUCUGCCCUACAUUCAGAAGCCUCCGGCUGCAAGGAGAAGGAAGGUAGCAACCCACCCUUGCCAAGCCCAGGGCCAAAACACAGCGGAUCCUUUUCCCUCCUCUCUUCAGUGUUACAUUGAUGGUCCCUAUGGCACUUCCACGCGCCGGAUCUUCUCUUCAGAGCACGCGGUGUUGAUUGCGGCAGGAAUUGGGAUCACCCCCUUCGCCUCCAUUUUACAAAGCAUCAUGUUCAGGCAUCGUAUGCGCAAACAAGCCUCCUGCAGCCACAGUAAUUCUUUGGAUGAGAAUAUGAAGCUUCAGAAGGUAGACUUUGUUUGGAUCAAUCGAGACCAGAAAUCCUUUGAGUGGUUCGUCAGCCUGCUUACCCAACUGGAAGGCCUGCAAGGCAAUGAAGAGCCAACCGCCCGUUUCCUGGAGAUGCAUUUGUACAUGACCGCGGCCCUUAACAAGAGUGACAUGAAGGCUGUGGGCCUGCAGAUGGCCCUGGAUCUACUGGCAAAAAAGGAAAAGAAGGACUCCAUCACGGGCCUCAGGACCAGGACAAAGCCGGGGAGGCCAGACUGGAAACAGCUCUUUCAGAAAAUCGACAAAGACGACAAAGGAGAAGUCCAGGUUUUCUUUUGUGGCUCUCCAGCUCUUGCCAAGGUUGUCAAAGCUCAGUGUGAACAGUUCACCUUUCCCUUUUUCAAGGAAAACUUCUAGCUGCAAGAUGUCAGAUAUUUUUUGCUCCUUUUGACCAACGUGAUGAUGUUUAGCUUGUUUUUAACUCUAUGUAAAAAAAAAACACUAGAAAGCAUUUGUGUCCCUUUAUCAUUAUAAUAGU